UUUUUUGAUUCAAAUUCGUUAGAUUCGUCGGAGAUAGGUUCCGAUUAGGGUUUUGAAAUUUCCGAUUUCGAUUAGGGUUUUGAAAUUUCCGAUUUCGAUUAGGGUUCUUCGUCAGAAAAUGGAGACGGCGAUGUUUAGUUCGGCGAGUAGUUUACUCGCAAUGCUCAACGAAACCCAUCCUUCACUGAAACUUCAAGCGCUCUCACAUCUCAAUAGAUUCGUUCAUCAGUUUUGGCCUGAGAUCUCCGCUAGUCUCCCGAUCUUAGAGUGUUUAUAUGAAGAUAAAAAGUUCGAUCAGCAUCUAAGACAGCUUGCUGCAUUGCUGAUCUCUAAGGUUUUCUUUUACUUGGGUCAGCUUAACGAUUCAUUGGCCUAUGCCCUUGGAGCUGGAUCUUUGUUUGAUGUUCCGGAUGGAUCCGAUUAUUUUCAUACGCUUCUAGCCAAAGCAAUAGAUGAGUAUGCUAGUCUCAGAUCGAAGGCAGUCGAGUUAAAUGAGACGGUGGACAUUGAUCACAGAUUGGAGGCUAUUGUUGAAAAAAUGUUGGAAAAAUGUAUUAGUGAUGAAAAGUAUCAACAAGCCAUGGGUAUUGCUAUAGAAUGCCGGAGAUUGGAUAAGUUGGAAGAAGCUAUAACAAAGAGCAAAGAUUUUCAGAGAAGUUUAUCUUACUGCAUCAAUGUUUCUCACUCUUAUAUCAACCGCAGAGACUAUAGACAUAAGGUUUUUCGAUUACUUGUUAAUGUCUACCGGAAGCUGGCUCCUUCUGAUUAUUUGAGUAUUUGUCAGUUGCUUAUGUUCUUGGAUGAACCACAUGCUGUUGCAAGCAUAUUGGAGAAGCUUCUUCGUUCAGAGGACAAGGAUGAAGCUUUACUGGCAUUGCAAAUCGCUUUUGAUCUUGUAGAGAACGAGAACCAUGGAUUUCUCAUGAGUGUUAGAGACAGCCUUCCAAUUCCCAAGAUCCUUCCUGUAGUAGCAGUUCAAGCUUCUGAAACCUCUACCGCUCAGAGGGAGAACACUGCAGGGAAUCUCCAGAUGACGGAUGAAACAGAUCCCGCAGAUGCUGUGUACGCUGAGAGGUUAACAAAGAUUAAGGGAAUUUUAUCUGGAGAGACAUCAACACAGCUGACCUCCCAGUUUCUUUAUAAACAUAACAAAUCUUUCCUGUUUAUCAUGGAGACAAAUGAACAGUCUGUUGAAUCGUGGUGUCAAUCGAAUGGUGCUGCAAUAUAUGGUAAUGCGAUAAUGCAUGCUGGAACAGCAGAGGACACAUUUUACGAGGAGAAUUUGGUUUGGCUAAGUAGGGCCACCAAUUGGGCUAAGUUUAGUGCUAUAGCGGGAUUAGGUGUUAUUCAUAGAGGUCAUCUACAACAAAGUAGGUCAGUGAUGGCUCCAUAUUUGCCUCAAGGAGGAGCAGAUGGUGGUGGGAGUACUUACUCUGAAGGUGGUGCUUUAUAUGCCCUUGGCAUUAUUCAUGCCAACCAUGGCGAGGGAAUCAGGCAAUAUCUUCGUGAUAGCCUACGAAGUACUGAUGUUGAGGUUAUUCAACAUGGAUCUUGUUUAGGUCUUGGUUUGGCAUCCUUUGGGACAGCUGAUGAAUACAUAUAUGAAGAUAUAAAAAAAGUGCUAUACACUGACAGUGCAGUUGCUGGUGAAGCUGCCGGCAUCAGCAUGGGUCUAUUAUUUGUUGGAACUACAACAAAUAAGGCAAGUGAGAUGCUCGCUUAUGCUCACAAGACCCAGCAUGAGAAGAUAAUAAGGGGACUGGCUCUAGGAACAGCUCUCACAGUAUAUGGUAGAGAAGAGGGAGCAGAUACUUUGAUUGAGCAGAUGACUAGAGAUCGUGAUCCUAUCAUUCGUUGUGGUGGAAUGUACGCACUGGCAAUGGCUUACAGAGGAACUGCAAACAACAAAGCCAUGCGUCAACUUCUGCACUUUGCUGUCUCUGAUGUCUGUGACGAUGUCAAAAGGACUGCUGUUCUCGCACUUGGAUUCAUCUUAUACUCUGAUCCAGAGCAGACUCCCCGUAUUGUAUCCCUGCUUUCCCAGUCGUACAAUCCGCAUGUCCGCUAUGGCGCAGCUCUUGCCGUAAGCAUAUCUUGUGCAGGAACUGGCCUGAGUGAAGCGAUAUCCUUGCUGGAACCACUUACAUCAGAUGUGGUUGACUUUGUUCGUCAAGGUGCUAUAAUUGCCAUGGCCAUGGUGAUGGUCCAAGUUAGUGAAGCAAGCGAUUCUCGCGUUGGAGCAUUUAGGCACCAACUUGACAAGAUUUUACCCGACGAGAUUCCAGAUGAAAUGAGCACUAUUACGGGAUCAUUUUUGGCUUCAGGUAUUCUUGAAGCUGGUGGAGGGAAUGUGACAAUACGACUUCUCUCUAAGACAAAACAAGACAAAGUCACUGCGGUUGUUGGCCUUGUNAUCUUCAGCCAGUUUUGGUAUUGGUACCCGCUAAUUUAUUUCAUAUGCUUGGCGUUCUCACCAACCGCGUUCAUUGGUUUGAACUACGAUCUCAAAUUCCCAAAGUUUGAAUUCAUGUCGCUCGCAAAACCAUCUUUGUUUGAGUAUCCAAAACGAACUGCGGUUGUUACCUCCAACACCGCCGCAAAAUUACCAAUUGCCCUGCUUUCAACCGCGGUGAAGGCUAUUAAAUCUAGGGAUAUAAACAAGACUGAAGCAGAGCAGAAGAUUAUCGCUGAAAAAGCAGCCAGUGCUGAAAAGUCUUUCAAUGAAAGUGGAGCUGGAAAAGGCAAGUCAUCAAUUGAGAAGGUAACAGACACUAUGCAGGCUGAUAGCGCAGCAACGGUGGAGAAGAAGGCUGAGUCAGAAGCAAUGUUUGAGAUUCUAUGCAACCCGACUCGGGUAGUCCCUGCACAAGACAAAUACAUAAAGUUUAUGGAGAGCAGCAGAUACGAACCGGUGAAGCUAGCUCCAUCAGGGUUCUUCCUUCUAAAGGACUUGCAUCCGCCGUAUCCCAAGGUUCUCUUUAUGACCACCGACACACCUACUUCAACGGCUGUCAAGCAAGGAUCGACGCCAGUCUGAAUACACAUCAUGGUUUUGUUUUGAUUAGUGGGUAAUUGUUGGUUUUUUUUGGUUAACAUGGAACAGUUUGGAGAUGUGGAAUUUACUACAGUUCAAGAUGGUGAAGACUUCGAUCUCAGAGAGGUUUGUUCCGUACCAAAACUUGGUAAGGUCACUUCCUGUCAUUUCUCAUCGGAUGGGAAAUUCUUGGCGAGCGCUGGACAUGAUAGGGAGGUGUUCAUCUGGAACAUGGAAACAGGUCACGCUGAGACCACUCCUGACGUACAUGCGGAUAUUAUCACUGAUGUUCGCUUCAGAUCCAAUUCAACUCUACUUGCAACAGCAUCAAUCGACCAAACUAUAAAAUUC